UUCAACCACCUGCUGCGUCCAACUGCUGUAUUCUACUGGACUGCGUGUUCGACUGGUUGGCUCACGGUCCAGCGCGAACUCUGUUGCGACAUGCUCAGGAUGUAUGGCUCUGAUUCAACCACCUGCUGCGUCCAACUGCUGUUCUCUACUGGACUGCGGGCUCGACUACUGUUGAUCGAACGGCAACGUGCAGAAGCUUCGGCACGGCGUUGCUGGGUCGGCCGAUGGGUUUCGCUGGGCCAGUGGCCACCCUGUCAGCCCUUCAAUGGGACCGGGGAGAGGUACUGCGCGGUAACAUCUGUAACAACAGCAUGCUACUUGUCACUGUGUGCAUUCGAGGUUCUCCAGUCAAUACCAGUAAGCACUUUGGACAGUCAGGUGCGGAACGAUGUGCGAAGAUGCCUUCGAUAUUGAAACUUCACUGGAGUCUUCUGAUAGGCCGAAAGGUCCAUGGCAAU